ACGGCAACCCUGUACAGACCUAACAAUGGCGACCUUUUUAACAGUGUAGUUAAGUGAAAUAUAAAAAGUUGUAAGAUAACAGUGUCUUUUAAAACGACAAUUUCAAAAUAUCAACCGAAAAUAUACUAGAUAACAAUUGGAACUUUUCUAUGGAUUCAGAGGACGCCAGUGAAGAUAAUGCUUAUGUAUGUUCAAGUUGCAAUAAGGAGUUUAAAACGUUGGUUCUCUUUAACAGACAUAAAAAAACCCACAAUUCAACUUGUGAAAAAUGCAGCAAAACGUUCAAAACUUUCAGUCAAUUAAGACAACAUAAUAAAGAAAAGCAUCCAAAGCUAAAAUACUUUAAAUGUAAAGUAUGUCCAGAUUUAACAUUUACGCAGGAGAAGGAAUAUCUUGUUCAUCUUAGAAAUACCCACGAAGGUAAAAUUAUUGAGAGUCAUAUGUGCAAUGUAUGUGGAAGGACUUUUCGUACCAGUUCGGAAUUAACUCUACAUAUUAGAUCCAAAUGUGGUACAGAAAAACAAUUUAUUUGUAAGGAAUGCGGUCAAAAACUCAUGUCGCCUGGAUCUUUAUAUACUCACUUAAAAAGGCAUAAAGGGGAAAAUACGUUUAUGUGUCGAUUUUGUGCCAAAUUAUUUCUCACUUCUGGACAAUUGAAAGUUCACGAGAGAAUUCAUACUCAGCAAAAGGAUUUUGUUUGUGAGGUUUGCGGCAAAGGGUUUUGUCAUCGUCAAAGUUUGAUAACUCACAUAUCUUUACAUACAGGCAUUAAACCUUAUCAAUGUGAGGGCUGCGGAAAAUCAUUCAGCUGUGUUGGUAAUUUACUGAAGCACAGACGAACGCAUGCAGAUACUUGUGGAGCCAUACCUAUGACAAGCCAUCGUGUACAAAAUCCAUCGACAAAAAUUAAAGUUAGAAUAAAUACUCCUGCAUCAUCGAAAUUGAAACGAAUGCAAAUGAAAAGAGAACUGGAGGAAAAACUGGCCAACUUAGAUAAUGAGAUAAAUGAUGAAAAAUCCCGAGAUGUUAAGGAAGAAAAUGCUAAGUCAGAAGAUGAAAAAUCGGACAAAGUCAAAAACAAUAAUGUUCAGAACUUGAAUGACAAAUGUAUAAAAAAAGAAGAUUCUUCUGAUGACAUCUUUAAUGACACUGAUAGUGAUGAUUAUUAUGAAAAAGAUGAUGACGAUGAAGAUUAUGAAGACGAUGAAGAGGUAUUUGAGGAAAAGAAACCGAUCAAAUCAAAAUCUCGCAAAAGGCGAACAGUUUCAAUUCAAGACGAAGAUGUUGAACAUUUUAUUAAAACACGAAAAUUAGAAAAAGGCAAAACUGCUAUGUGUGUGUAUUGCAAUAAAGAAUACAGUAAUUUUAAAUGGUUGUUCAAACACGAACAAGAACAUUCAGAAAAUGGAGAUGCUAAACAAGCUUUAAAAAAAUGUAAUGAAUGCAAGAAAAUGUUUGAAACAGAAAUCGAACUGAAUGAUCACAUCAAAGAGGAGCACCCUAAAAAAGAUGACUCAUGGACGUCUUGUCUUCAAACUGGUUUGGGAGAUAAUCAAAAACAGGAGCUACUCAAGAAAUAUUGCACAGAAGAAUUUAUAAAAAAAAAUUCCCUGGUGCUACAACAACAUGAAUUCAUAAAUAAUAUACAAAAGCAAAUUUGUUGCGGCUUGUCAGCCCUAGAUAAUUAUUUAAGUAAUAUACUUAAAAAUAAGGAAGACUCAAAUUCUCUAAAUAUGUUGGAUUUAUUGAAUUCUGCCAAGAUAUUUGCUGAUUUGUACUACAUCGUUUCAAAAGACGAUGUUGAGGUUAAAAGUACUUAAAUAUCAAUUUACCGUGUGUAUUAUGCAUGUUUUUUUAUAUUAAUUUAUUAUUUAAAUAUAUGUCUGUUGUGAUAUUUUCAAAUGUAGUAAUAUAUUAGUUAUUUGAUCAUUUUAA